AUGGACCCCAACGCGCCCGGCUAUCCAGCAAUGCAGCCUAACACGGGUUAUCCUGUCCCCUCCCAGAAUAAUCCGCAGCAGUUUCCCUACUAUCCGAAUCAGAUGCCUUCCUUUCCCCAGUCGAACGCACCGUCUCAACAUUCUUUCGGUGCUGUCCCAUUGCAAGCUGGUGGUCCUGGUGGAGCUAUGAUGCCGUCAGGCUUUCCCCAGCAGUCAACUGGACCCCACGCCAACUUUGCUACGCCCUUUGCCCAGCCACCUAGUGUUUUCCCCCAACCAACGACCUCAACCUCGAACAUCCCAACGACGACAGUACAAGCAGUACCCCAGAAUAUGGCCUCUGUAUCGGCUAAGAAUAUGGUUCCCGCACAACACAAGCCUCCUAUCCAGCAGCCAGCGUCACAUACCCCUGUUCAGGCCGUCCAAUCCCCGGCGGCAGCCGCACGUGAGAAGGAUCGCGUUUCGGUGCUUCUAGAUAUAAACUCCCUGUUGCUACAGGAGGUCAUCAACCUUCAGUCGGCAGGAAAGGCAGGCGGGCCUCCGGUCCCGCAAGCCUCACAAGAGUCUCAUCCGUCACCGGCCUCCGACCUAGUCUCGGAUAAAACCACUCAGAGGAGUCCAGAGUACGUAGCUUGCAUGCGCCGCUUGCAGGCUAACCUCGCGUACUUGGCGCAUGUGGCAGAUAGACCGAAAAAGGCCGGAGGCGUGGUUCCCACAGCACCCGCAUAUAUGACGCCGCCUCCUAACAUGCCCGCUAUCAACGAGCUUUACACCAAGCUGAACGAGUUGUUCCCCCGUGCAGCCCAGGGAGCUGCGAAUACAUCUCAACCUAGCCCGCAAGGCUCGCAAGGAAAUGGUGGUCCUAGCCCAUCUCCCGCUGGCGAAAGUGUUGUUUGA